CGUUUUGCGGCCACAGAUCCUCACGCACCCCUGCAACCCAUCGAUAUUUGAAAAACGACAAUCACCGCCCCUUGCUUCCUCUCCCCUCUGAUGCUGUUCAACUCCUAAACAUCAAUUAAUCCAAUUCAAUCCGGAUCGCGCGUUUAUUUGACGGCUUCACUGUCCGUCAAAUGAACCUGCAAAUACGCAUCCUUCAAUUCUUCCCUACUCCCUCCACUCUAGGUGUCUCCUAAAUGCCCUCCGUUUACUCGUCGGUCUUCCAGAACUUUAUCCGACAAGGAUUUUCAAAGUCUUUCACCCACGGCUACGCCCAGUCGGUCGUAGCUGCCACCCAUCCUCAUGUUCUAAACGCGCAGAACCGCCCGUCGUUUGCGCGGCGAAACACCGCAAGGGUUGGCCGGAUCUCAGCCCUAGGGCUACAGACCGCCUUCCAUACCGUCAGCUCGUACGCAGCAGCUGGUCCGUUAGAUCACCGCCAUGACAAGGUAAUCAGCCAUGGCGGCUUAGACGCCUAUUUCGAGCACCUCCAAAAGGCCCAGGCUACCCACUCCGAGGGCGCCGAUCAUGAGUGGGUUCAGUUCCAGUUCCCCAAGCGCAUCGAAUGGAAGCCCACAGCCGCCUCGGUCCUCGGCUCCGACCCCAAGACUCUCGCCCUAGGCAGCGAGGAAGCAACCUCCAGCGAUGACGUCCCGAGGGUGCCGCCAGAGGCCGAGGCGGCCCUGGCUCAUAUCGAUGCAGCCAUAAACAAGGAGAUCGAGGUCCGCAAGCAGCUGGAGGCCCUGGAAGAGGAGGUGGAAUCCCUCCGAGCAGUGUCUCCAGCCUUGGCCGAGCAGCUUGAAGAGGAAAUCCGCUCGCGGACUAUCACGCCUCUGUCGCGCACUCGGACGCCGGCCAGCAUCGCCCGCUCCGUCACGCCACCAGUCGACCCGCAGUCCCAGACCUAUGCCGACCAUCUUACCAAGCUCUCCGAGGCCGGUCGCUAUGCCGAGAUUCCGGCCGUCUUCGAGGCCAUGUUGGUUGCCAAUGUCAGGCCGAUCGCGACUGCAUACAAUGCCCUUCUCAUGGCGGCGAUCCAUCUGCCGUCCGAGAAGUGGGAGGUCGUUUCCAAGGCCCUGGAUGUCUACGCUGACAUGCUGCGGCGGAAGAUCCACCCGGACAGCGACACGUACAACAUCCUAGUCGGACUGCUCGCCUCACGCUCGCUGGAGGUUACAUCGCUCAAGCAGAUUCUCGAAGACAAGCGUGUCCGUUUCGGGGGUAUGGACGAGCCUGGCAAGUUCAUGCUGGCGUCCCACGAGCUUGAGCAUGCCAUUCUGUGCGAAGAUGAUCGCUUGGACCUUGCGGUCAAGCUGUUUGAGUCGUCCGUAUCAUCAAACAAGGCGCUGUACUCGUCCGAGACGUAUCAUCAACUCAUUUCGGCUUGUGCCCAGGCUGGUCGCGUCUCUGACAUGCUCCGGCUGUUUGAGCAUAUGGAAUCUACCCGGACCACGCCAUUCGCCGCCACGUUUCCGGCCAUGAUUACGGCGUUUGCCAACUCCGGGGAUCUUAUCAGCGCCGUUGAGUGCUACAACGAGUACCGCAACCUGGCCAUCGCGAACGACAAGGGUGAGUCUACGCUGCAGGAUCGGCUAGACGCCCAAGUCUAUGCUGCCGUGGUAAACGCCUAUGUAAUCUCCGACAAGCUCGAAGGUGCCAUGAAGUUCUACAUGAAGAUCGUGCAGGAGUACGGUGUUCGCGCUUCUGACAUCAAGGAUGCCAUCAUUGCCAGCGGUUUCGUCAAGGGUUUCAUCGACCGCGGAAUCUACCGGGAAGCACUCCAGUGGGCUGAGAGAAUUGAGAACGAAAUCAGAAGCUCGACGAUGGGGCAGGUGGCUGUCGCCGCUGCCGACCACGGGGACAAGCAGAUUGCUGCCGCCGCACUGGCCAGCGUUUCUACCACCGAUGGCAUCGCCGCUCCGGCAAUUGCUCUGCUCGCAAUGAGCGUCCGCGAUGGCGACGUAGCAGCCGCUACCCGCUACUGGGACAUGUUGCGCAGCCCCGAGGUCGUCCCAACGGCGUCCUUCAUUGAGCCUACGGCCAUGUACGCAGUCGCCAUGAUUGGCUCCGGCCAGAUUCUCGAAGGCCUGACGGAAGCGGAGUGGAUGUUUCAGCGGAUCCGCGACAGCGCCGUUGACCAGAAGUCGCAGCUGACUGACGAGAUUGAAGAAGGCGCCGAGUUUAUAUCGCGGUUCAUGUCUACCCGGGGCAUCGUUGAUCCUCGCCUAGCCCCGCCGGUUUUGCCUUCUCCGCCGGCCCUUGCCCCGACACCAUACCCGACGACCCCGACCGUCUCGAGCCAAGAGGACUCGUUCGACCCAUAUGCUGCCACUACUGACUUCAAGGGAUCCUUCUUAAUUGCUGAUGAGCUAGAAGGCGCCGCCGGCCGCAAGUGGAAGUUCCAUCAAGCGCUUGAUCGCUUCAAGAACAUGCGCCGCGCCGGCCGUCAUCCCCGCUAUGUCACGUACGCCAAGCUCAUCUCGGCCGCUGCUCGGCACGGAAGGGCAGACAUUUGCCGUGAAAUCCUUGCCACGGCACGUACCGACGUCCCCUUGCUCCCUGAGUACGCUGUGGUUCGAUACGGCUGGACAUCGAUACUCGAUGCUAUGGUAGGCGCUUGCCUUACUCUCGGUGACAGGACUCAGGCCGAGCAGUACCACCAGGAACUGCUUGCCAUGGGUGCUGCCCCGUCCGCCAACACGUUCGGUCUCUACAUCACCACGCUGAAGGAGUCGGUCAAGACCUUUGACGAGGCGACGGAGGCGGUCAAGAUUUUCCAGCGCGCAAAGGCCGAAGGCGUUCAACCGAGUUCGUUCCUGUACAAUGCCAUGAUCGGAAAACUUGGCAAGGCCCGUCGCAUCGACGACUGUCUUUUCUACUUUGCCGAGAUGCGAUCAUUAGGCAUCAAACCUACCUCGGUCACCUAUGGCUCCAUUAUCAACGCGCUAUGCCGCGUCAGCGACGAGAAGUUUGCCGAGGAGCUCUUUGACGAGAUGGAGGCCAUGCCGAACUACAAGGCCCGGCCGGCGCCGUACAACACCAUGAUGCAAUUCUUCUUGACCACAAAGCGCGACAAGACAAAGGUCCUGGAGUACUUUGACCGCAUGAAGACAAAGGGCAUCGCCCCAACAGCGCACACCUUCAAGCUCCUCAUCGACGCCCACGCCAGCCUCGAGCCCAUCGACAUGGACGCCGCCUCGGACGUGAUCGGCAUGAUCCGCGCCGCCGACCAGCAGCCCGAGCCCGUCCACUACGCCUCGCUGAUCCACGCGCGGGGGUGUGUCCUGCACGACAUGGAGGGCGCCCGCCGCGCGUUUGACAGUGUCAUGAAGGACCCGACCGUCCCGCCGCACCCGUCUCUGUUCCAGGCGCUCUUCGAGGCCAUGGUCGCCAACCACCGCGUCGCGGAUACCGAAGCGGUGAUGGAGAUCAUGCGCGCCAGGGGCGUGGAGCUGACGCCGUACAUUGCCAACACGCUCAUCCACGGCUGGGCCGCCGAAAAGAAGAUUGCAAAGGCCAGGGAGAUGUACGACGCCCUUGGCCCGGACCGCCGCGAGCCCAGCACGUACGAGGCCAUGACGCGCGCGUAUCUUGCUGUGGCUGACCGCAGGGCUGCUGAGGAGGUGGCUGGUGAGAUGCUUGGCAGGGGGUAUCCCAAUGCGGUCGUCAACAAGGUCCUUGAGCUCCUCGGUGGUGGUGGCGGUGCUGGUGCUGGUGUGGUGCAUGAGAUGGCACCCGCUGCUACUGCUGUGGCUGCUUAGCUUGGUGGUGGCUUCAAUCUGUGGUGAUUGUAUGCAUGCAUGAUUCCCGUUUGUCAUGUCCGGAUCCUCUUUCCUUGCGCGCUCUGCUUUUUCUUUGUUUAAGUAGGGAAAUGAUACCCCCUGGUGUGUGUGUGACUUGGCGGAGUGGGAGUGGCGGGUUGUGUCCUUGGUACUGGGCCAGGGGGGGUUGGCUGUCUUGCGAGCGGGGGAGAGCUGAAGGUUGAGAUGUUUUCUUAUGUCUUUGUCUCCUUUGUCUAU